AUGUCCAAAGCAACUGAUCCUCGCCCCACAGUCACCGGUGUUCCUCGACUAGGACUCGAAUCCGUGCGCGGCGAACGUCGAAAUUAUAAUGACUGGACGACUUCGAGCAAAUUAGUAUCGUCUCUUUACGUCCAAGCACUGCAACGUAUGAUGUCCGAACCAUACGCCGACGACUUCUCUUGGGAGUCUAUUGGCGGCAUCCAUGGGUUGCCCUAUGUCCGAUGGGGUGACUCCGGUGGCCCCAAUCCAGAUCCAGACUCGGAAUUUGGUGGUUAUUGUACCCACGGAUCUGUCCUCUUUCCAACAUGGCAUAGGCCUUACGUCGCUCUUUUCGAGCAAGCCGUGCAAAAGCAGGCGGCACAGAUAGCGCAAGAAUAUACUACCGAUAGACAGGAAUGGAUCCGAGAGGCAACAGAUCUUCGCUCAUGGUUCUGGGAUUGGGCUGCUGAGCCGCGAGUUCCUGGAAUGCCAGUCCCCGAACUUCUAAUAUCUCCAAAAACUGAAGUCAUCACACCUAAGGGGGUUGUAACGGCGAACAACCCUCUGUAUAGCCAUGUUUUCCAGCACCCUUUUCCAGUCAGUACAUUUCCAAAGCCAUUUAGUAGCUGGAAGCAGACGCUUCGAUAUCCUACGUCUGGCGAUUCAUCUGCGGAAAGCGACAUGAAGAAAUUCGUGAGUAACUAUGCUGCCAACGCUUCUCAGAUUCGCACCCAGACAUACCAUUGCCUGACUCGUCUCACUACCUGGGAAAAAUUCAGUAACCAUACAGCCAAAAACGACCCGACCAUUGCCAACAGCCUGGAGACAAUCCACGAUCAGAUGCACGUAAUCAUUGGUGGUAUUAGUCCGUAUCCUGGACAUAUGGCUGACCCCACCGUUGCAGGAUUUGAUGUAGCAUUCUUCGCGCAUCACACUAAUGUCGACCGUUUGCUUGCACUAUGGCGGGCGAUCAAUUAUACGGCAUGGGUCUCACCCGGUCAACAGCCAGAUGGCACCUAUACGCUUUCAAACAGCGCUGAGGUUGAUACACAAUCCGACCUCACGCCGUUUUGGAGAAACCAGGAAGGAUACUGGAAAUCGGCUGACAUCAUCGACACGAAUACGUUUAACUACGCAUAUGAAGAUUUCAAGGGCACGAGCCAGGAUCCCGCUGUACUGGCUAAACAAAUUCUGCUCAGAGUCCAAGCGUUAUAUGGAGGGGACAGCAUUGCCCUUGCCAAAAAACACGCAAGUAAUGGAAGUAUUCGCGAGUGGAAUGUGCAUAUCAAGUUCAAGAAAUUCGAGCUGGGGUCUAGUUUCUCAGUCCUGGUUUAUAUUGGGGAGACAUACGUCGGCUCGGUCAGCGCGUUCGUCAAUAGUCGCCCCGAAAACUGUGCCAAUUGCAGGCGUAAUCAAGACGUGGAAGUCGAGGGAUUUGUGCAUCUCACGAAGGCGAUGGUGGAAAAGUACACUUUGCCCUCACUCGAACCUGAUGACGUCCGACCCAUUCUUGCCGAACAUAUUUCAGUAAAACUGGAGGGGUUCAAGCCCGAUGGCACGCCGGCGAAUAUAAGCGAUGAUCUGCCGUCGUUGAAGGUCGCUGUCUGUUCGCAACUGGUCUCCUAUGGCCGCGGAGAUGAGCAGCCUAGGCCCACGUUGGGCGACGUGAAUUAUCAUCACGACAUUUUUGAAGGGAAGCCAGGGCAUGUCCCGGCUGGACAGUGGUGA